CAUCCGGAUUACAGCUGCGAACUACAUGUGGCUCAUGAAGUCGUCGCUGCUGAUGCCGCUCUUCUUUGGCUUGUCGGUCAACCUCAUCCUGCAGUUUACGUACCUGGUGUAUUUUCUGUGAUUCGUUCCGCUUACCUAAGUAAAGUAGAUCGUCAGCUUAUCGUCGAACGCAUUGCUACUUUACAAAUGCCGGAAUCGGUGGCCCGCUUUGCGAAAAAUUCGAUGGAGUCAAAACACAGUAGCCGAAUCUGUCUCGAAGGAACUCACAUCAAUCGUCAUCUAGUACGUUGUGGUAUACCAGAUCCUGAGAAGCGUCCGAAAGAGACACAACUAGUGUUGAGCAGACCGCGCGAGGGAAUCAAAUGGAGUGAAAAGAACCUAGAGGAACAGAAAAAAUCGAGGAGAUCGAGGAGAUCGAGAAGAUCGAGAAAAUCUAGAAGAAUAAAUCUUUUGAGAGUAAAAGAAGUAGCCGAGGCAAGAGAUCUAGCCGGAGCAAGAGAUCUAGCCGCAGGAGUAAGUCGCAGCGUUCUUCGAGAAGCAAACGGUCGCAGUCGCCAGAGUAAGUAG